AUGGGCUGUCGGGUGUGCAGAGCGCGCAAGCUUCUCACCUCUUUUUCUUUUCUUCUGCAGGUCAAAUGCGAUGGCAGGCCAAACGGAUGUCGCAACUGCGAGCGCCUCCAGCUCGACUGCGUCGGCGACAAUGGCCUCGCCGCCGGCCGAGCAACGCCCAUGUCCCUAAGGAAGAUCCGCACCUAUCGCUCAUGUAAGAGCUGUCGCCUCUCCAAGACCAAAUGCAACGGCGACCGCCCGAAGUGCUCGCGAUGCACCGCCAAGAAGACCGAGUGCGUCUACGACGGCGGUUCGGCCCCGCGAUGGGCGCGAAACCUCGACCGCGGAUCCAGGACGGCGUCGACCGAAGGUAGCCGCAGCAAGUCGCGGGAGCUCGCCAUUGCCAUGCUCGAGGCCAGCGACGAGGUCGAUGCUCAGGACGAUACCCCCAUGACGAGCAUUGGCUCUGCUGAGCCGCUGAAGCUGGGCGAGAUCUCGGGGUCGAAGAAGCCCCUUGGCAGCGCUCAGAGCGUUGCGUCUAUUGAGCCCUCUGGUUCCGAUAUAUUAUCAUGGCUUGUCUCACCGAGUCUUCCUACUGGCCGUAACCUGCGCCGUGUGGUGGAGCAAUACUUUGCCAAUGUCCAUCCCAUCCGAUGCUUCGCCUUUGUCCAUAAGCCAUCAUUCAUGCGCCAGCUUGAUAAGGGCUUCACUAGCGAUGAUGAGUCGGCGCUGCUGCACAUUAUAUGCGCCCAUGGAGCAAAAUUCUACGUCUUGAACCAAAACGAGCACCACACCUCUGCGUCUAGCUUCAUCCGCCUUGCCGGCAAUGAGUGGGCCAAGAGGGCCGAGUUUCUCAUCCUGACCAACUUUGGAAAGAUAUCCGUCCAAAGGCUCAUGGUUGCCAUAUUACUUCAUGACUUUCACUUCCGACUUGGAGAAUACUCCCAUGCCUUGAUGCUUAGUGGCCUUGCCGUCCGCAUGGCCCAUGCUCUCAAAAUCAAUGUCGAGGCAUCCCCCGAUGUCCUCUGUACCGAUUCCAGCGAAUCCGCUCCAUCAGUCGUCACCAGGGAGAGUCGUCGAAGGCUCAUGUGGGCGUGCUAUGUCCUUGAUGCGUGGGCUGGCAGUGGCAUCGAUCAACUAACUCUUCUCCGCGAAAACGACAUCAAGAUCCAACUGCCUUGCAACGAGAGGAAUUUCGGGCUACGAAUAGCCUCAGUGACAGAAACCCUCGGCGUGGGUCAUGUCCUCCAGUUCCUGCCACCCUCUGUGGUGCCGAGAAAGCCAUCAGCAAACAUGGGCAUCAUGGCAUACUACAUCCGAGUGGUGGCGCUCUGGAAGCGAAUCGUGAGAUAUGUAAAUCAGCUAGACUCCAAUCCUCCACCUUGGCUCCCCGAAUCGCCGUUCGCUGCCCUCGACGCCGAUCUUCGUCUGUGGCAGCGAGAACUUCCGGAAUUUGUCGAAUACUCGAUGGAAACCAUUUAUGCACGACUGGAUUCAAAUCAACUAGGAGCAUUGGUCUUGAUACACUGUACAUAUCACCACAACUACUUGGAGCUGUAUAAGCUGUCUAUGCCAGACCUAUUCAAGCUGCCCAAACCUCUCGUUGUUCCGCCGGAGCACCACGAAUUUCUUCAAUCCGCACAGGCCAACUGCUAUCAUCAUGCGCAGCAGAUAGCCGACAUCUUGGCUGAGGCUGCCGAUCACGGAGCGAAUCUCUUAUCCGACAGCCUGCUUCCCUACUUUGUAUAUGAUAGCAGCAGGGUGAUGCUGUACUACGUUGCGCGUUUGCUCGACCCGAACAGGCCCGAUGCCCAAUCAAAACUGGGCGAUGCCAUCAACGCUGUUGAAAGCAAUCGUCGGGUUCUCCGGAUGAUGUCUGCCCUGUUUCCGAUUGCGCAGUCACUUUCAAAUACAAUUGAUAGAUGGCUGACCAAGAUUCGGCAAACCUCUAAUCGAGAUGAUCUUGUUAGCAGAAUACUGUCGGAAGCCCGCUCCGAAACUCAGGAGGGUGAAAAAUCUACACCUGUGUCGGUCAGCCCCGUACAAGGCACUCCAGAGUUCAUGCUUCCGUCUAUUUCUCUUCAUUCGCUUGCACGGACGGGUAUUGCAACGAGGCGAGCCGCUGAUCGUGCAAGUGGCGUCCGGGGACUAAGCUGGUCUGCCGAAAGCCCGAGCUCCGGUACCUGGGAUCGGAACAAUGCAGCGCAGCAGCUUGUUGGCCUCAGUCAGGACGGCCUAGCUUCAUCACGAUCCGGACUUCAGCAUGAACAGCCGGUACCGACAGCACUGCCGCAACCACCGCCCGUCCAAACCAAGUGGGGUGGCCCGAUUCAGCCAAUGUUUGAGGCACUCGAUCUUGACGACUUGCAAAACUUUUUAUCAUGGGACAUGUAUGGUAUUAUGGAUAUGGGCGACCCUAUUCCGGACGACGGAGCAGAUGAGAUUGGGGUGCGGUCGUGGUCUGGGUCUAGUGAUGCGAUAUAA